AUGGCGUCGUGCUGAGACUGCAGAGAAGCGGCAAAACAGUAAAGUCGGUUAGCUACACGGUACUGUUCGAGACCCGCCACUGUUUUCUGAAAAUGUUCACACAGGAGGUAAGGCAAAGAUAACACCCUGAAACGUCUCGACAAUUCAGGGAGACCCAAACACCGCCAUAGAAAGAACUUUGAGGACGCGACUGUCUACGCGUUGCAUUUUCCAGAUUUGUACACUAGCAUCAUCUUCCUUCUGCUACAGCAGUGAUGUCACAAACAGAUGCUUCUGCAGACACCACACCCUUCUUCUCAGAUGAUAAUGAGGGGGAGGGGCCUGUUGACAAUGGGGUGGGGAAAUCUCAUUCUAAGGAGGAGGAGUCUGCUAGUGGAGUGUCAAAUAGAAGGGCUAUAUUGACAGUUAUUGUCCUCUGCUACAUCAACCUACUAAACUACAUGGACAGAUUCACUGUGGCAGGUGUACUCCCAGACAUUGAGCAUUUCUUCAACAUUAGUGAUGGCAAAUCAGGACUUCUUCAGACUGUCUUCAUCUGCAGUUACAUGUUUCUAGCUCCAGUGUUUGGUUACCUGGGUGACAGGUAUAACAGGAAGGUUAUCAUGUGCGUGGGUAUUUUCUUCUGGUGUAUAGUGACACUGGCCAGCUCCUUCAUUGGCAAAGAUUAUUUUUGGGCAUUGUUGGUGACGCGGGGGCUGGUGGGUGUUGGGGAGGCCAGUUACUCCACAAUUGCUCCCACCAUCAUUGCUGAUCUGUUCAUCAAGGAGAAGAGGACCAACAUGCUGUCUGUCUUUUACUUCGCCAUCCCAGUGGGCAGUGGUCUGGGUUAUAUAGUGGGCUCAAAGGUGGAUGAUGUGGCUGGGGACUGGCACUGGGCUCUGCGGGUGACCCCUGGUCUGGGUCUUCUGGCAGUGGUCCUCUUGGUGUUUGUGGUUCAGGAGCCAGAGCGUGGUGCAAUUGAAGCUCACCCAGAGCACACGCUGCACAGAACCAGCUGGCCGGAGGACAUGAAAGCGCUCUGCAGGAAUCCAAGUUUUGUUCUUUCCACUUUUGGCUUCACGGCUGUGGCCUUUGUGACAGGAUCUCUGGCCCUGUGGGCCCCCGCAUUUUUAUUCAGAGCGGGGGUCUUCACCGGAGAAAAACAGCCCUGCUUAAAGAAUCCAUGUGACACCUCUGACAGUCUGAUUUUUGGUAUCAUCACAGUUGUAACUGGUAUUCUGGGUGUAGCGAGUGGAGUGCAGGCCAGCAAGUUGCUGAGGAUAAGAACCCCACGAGCUGAUCCUCUGGUUUGUGCUGCAGGACUCCUCCUUGCUGCUCCCUUUCUCUAUCUGUCCAUCAUGUUCGCUCAGGCUAGUACUGCGGCCACUUAUGUAUUUAUCUUCUUGGGUGAAACAUUCUUGUCUAUGAAUUGGGCGAUUGUAGCAGACAUCCUGCUAUAUGUUGUGAUCCCCACAAGGCGCUCCACAGCAGAGGCCUUUCAGAUUGUGCUCUCGCACUUGCUGGGCGAUGCUAUUAGCCCCUACCUCAUUGGAGUGGUGUCCGACUCGCUAAAGAAGUCUGACUCGUAUAUGUGGGAAUUUCGCUCUCUUCAAAUGUCACUCCUGCUGUGCUCCUUUGUUGCCGUGGGGGGUGGAGCUUUCUUCCUGGCUACAGCCCUCUUCAUCGAGCAAGACCGAAAUCUGGCUGAAAAUUACGUGCCCUCUGAUGAUGCACCAAUUGUUGUUCCAAAGAGGGGCAGGUCCACUAAAGUAACACUAUCAAGCGUUUUAAUUUGAGACACCAAAAGGAUUUGGCUGGUUCUCAGUACAGGGAACAACUGUCUGACUGGCUUAGACAGAUGGCACUAGAGCAGUCGACAGCCAGUCCUGGAGCAGUGUCGCACAAAUAAUAACUGAUUGGACUCUCUUCAUAAUAAGGAGUUUUAUAGUAAUUUAUUAUAUAUAUAUAUAUAUUAUUGUUUUGUUUUUUUUGUUGUUUUUUUCAUUUGUAUCUUAACACCAAUAUUGAUUUAGGGAACAUGUCAAACUAACAAAAAUUCAAGAAAUGUCUUUCCACUUUUCUGUGGCUAUCAAUUAUUCCCCCCGCCACCAACCCUAACCCUGAAAUUAGAAAUGGAAAGAGGUUAUAUGUUGGAGACAGAAUUAGUUACAUUUAUUUGAGAUCUAUAUAACUGUGUUUUAGAUUUCAAGCCAUAUAAAACAAAUUUUAGACCUUUUUAUUGGAAGGGGUAUGAAUGGAUUUUUCAGAUUGCUGUCUGUAGGGGGUCAAAGGUCAGUGAGACAGGUCAAACUGAGUUUCUGUGAGCCAGAUGUCUUCAUAGAAACUGAUAAAGACUGUUUUUAAUCAAACUGAAACCCAAUGCACUGUCAAAGUGUUGUUGCAUUUUUAUUUUCUUUUAUUUUUAGCCCCAAAACUGGACUGCAACUACAAACAGAUUCAGACUAAACUUGAGGAAUACACUGAUCAGCACUGUCUAUAAUCUGCCUUAACUGCAACUUUAGUUUUUCAUCCUCUUUAAUAUAUUUUCUUCCAUAAUACAGUUGAGCUUCUUUUAAGCUCUUUUAGGAAGGACACAAUAAAACAAACACUAAUGCUGCCAUGAUUAAAAAAUAAGCUUAAUUUGAUAAUGAUGAUUGUAUUUUUAAUAAAGGUUUCAUUAUAUAUAUAUAUAUAUAAUUUCUUGCAAUGGCAUGUCUCCUGUCAUGUUUUAAGAAUGGGCGCUUCUGACUGUCUGAAAAACGUUUCUUUUUUUUUUUUUUUUUUUUUUUUUUUUUUUUUUGAGGUAGAUUCUUGUGCAUUCCCUAUGCUGGCUAAUUUUUUCUUUCAAAGGCAAUACUUUCAAAAAUGUGCAAAACAUUGCUAAUCUUGUUUUGUAACUUUUUUUUAUAUAUUAAAUGACAGAUUUGAUCUUAUUUGUGUCUGCUCAUUUUUCACUGUCAAAACAAGCUUUAAUUAUCUAUUAUUAUUAUCUAUGUCUCCUAGCAUGACUUCCAUAUAUAGCUUAUCCUAAUAAUAGCAAAUAUGUUUGCUUAAACUGCUUCAUAUCUUUCUCUCUUUCUCUUGCAUGUUUUGUUUCUCUCUCUCUGUCUCUCUAUCUGCAGUGGCAAGAACGAUGAUCAUAAGGUUUUCAGUUGCUGUGGUUUCCUGUUUGUAGGUGGGAUAUAGAGAUGCAAGCUUGCUUGGUAAAAUUGCUGAGAAAAUAAGUCUCAUGAAUGAAUUAUGAAAACUGAAGUGCCUGAAUCUAAAUGAGUAGUCUCCGUACUGUGGAACAUUUGGUGAUUUGUUAUGAUCAUGUGAGAAAAUACUUGUACAUACACCAUUCCUGUAAUUUGUGCUUGUGUGUGUUUGUGAGGCUAAAGGAACACCACAAAAUGCCACAAGAGUGGGUGACAAGUUUGAGAAGUUAUGACUCACUGUCUGUCAUCAUGAAACUCAGAUUUUAACACUUGC